AUGAAAGGCACUGUGGUUUAUGACGGUAAAGCAUCCCAGCAAUUUGAAAUGCGGAGGGGUGUACGCCAAGGCUGUGUUUUAGCACCCACACUAUUUGGUAUUUUCUUCUCACUACUUUUAAAGGCUGCUUUUAGUAAUAACCAACAGGGGGUGCAUUUGCAUACAAGAGACGACGGGAAGUUAUACAACAUCUCUCUCCUCAAAUCAGCAAAACAUCGCGAGGACUUCUUCGUCGACAGUCUCUUGUUUGCUGACGAUGCAGCUUUUGUGACUAACUCCGCAGCCGAGUUGCAAAACAUCAUGGACAGGUUUUCCCGGGCAUGCACUUUGUUCUCCAUGUCCAUCAAUGCCAAAAAGACAGUCGUGUUAGUGCAGGGCAGUGCGGAAACACCCAAAAUACUGGUGGAUGGCACAGCUCUGGAAGUCGUCAAUAAGUUUUGCUACCUUGGGUCGACCGUGUCGAACAAUCUCUCGCUUGAUGCAGAGAUCGAUAUUCGUAUUGGCAAAGCGGCGACCAUGUUCGGGAGGCUACGUACAAGGGUGUGGUGCAACAAACAUCUCACUGUUAGAACCAAGAUGAUGGUAUACCAGACUUGCGUUCUAAGUAUACUCUUGUACGGAGCAGAAACCUGGACGACGUAUGCAAAACAGGAGCGACGACUCAACACUUUUCACAUGCGCUGUCUACGCAACAUUUUAGGCAUAACUUGGCAGGACAAAGUGACUAAUCAGAGGGUUCUUGAAAAAGCACAGCUGCCCAGUCUUGCCGCUCUUCUCAAACAGAGACGCUUGCGGUGGCUGGGGCAUGUGCACCGGAUGGAACCCGCUAGAAUACCUCGACGUGUCUUGCUCGGUGCAGUUGCGUAUGCUAAAAGGAACGUGGGAAGACCGAUGCUGCGCUUUAAAGACUGUGUCAAGCGAGACAUGUCUGCAUUUGAAAUCGACCACCAUGCCUGGGAAGCCUUAGCUGAAGACCGUGAUGGAUGGCGCAAGCGUGUUGUGGAGGGGAGAAGGCUAUGCGACCAAGCCUGGUUUAAUGCAUUAGAUAGCAGAAGGUGUCGCAGAAAGCAAACCGGGACUGGAACCUCGGAUGGCAUGAGCUUUCUCUGCCAAAAAUGUGGGAGGUCAUGCCGCUCACGCAUCGGCCUCCACAGUCACCAAACCCGGUGUCUGCACAGCAAUGUAUAA